AUGGACCUGCGAGCGGAGCUGCUGAAGUCCAUCUGGUACGCUUUCACCGCCUUGGACGUGGAGAAGAGCGGCAAGGUCUCCAAAUCCCAGCUCAAAGUGCUGUCUCACAACCUGUACACGGUGCUGUGCAUCCCCCACGAUCCCGUGGCGCUGGAAGAGCAUUUCCGCGAUGACGACGACGGGCCGGUGUCCAGCCAGGGUUACAUGCCGUACCUCAACAAGUACAUCCUGGAUAAGGUGGAGGAAGGUGCUUUUGUGAAAGAAAACUUUGACGAGCUCUGCUGGACCCUGACCGCAAAGAAGAAUUACAAGCCCGACCGGAACGGUAAUAGCGUUGUAUCCCACCAAGAUGCCUUCAAGCUCUGGUGUCUCUUCAACUUUCUGUCUGAAGACAAAUACCCUCUCGUCAUGGUGCCAGACGAGGUGGAGUACCUGCUGAAGAAGAUCUGCACAGCCAUGAACGUGGAGCUGAACUCCUGCGAGCUGGAUGACUACCUCUCCCAGGAGCCGCAGCGGCAGGGGGGGCUGACGGUCUGGCAGUUCCUGGACAUGGUGAACUCGGGGCGGUUCCUGCGAGGCAUCGAGCAGGAGGCCAUCAGCAUGGCCGUGGAGGAGGUGUACCAGGAGAUCAUCGAGGAUGUGCUCAAACAGGGCUACCUCUGGAAGAAGGGCCAGCUGAGGAGGAACUGGUCGGAGCGGUGGUUCACGCUGAAGCCCAGUGUCCUGUCCUACUACAUGAGUGAGGAACGGAAGGAGAAGAAGGGGAGCAUCGCGUUGGACAAGCACUGCUGCGUGGAGGUGCUGCCCGACCGGGAUGGGAAGAGGUGCAUGUUCUGCGUGAAGACCUCCUCCCGCACCUACGAGAUGAGCGCCUCCGACACCCGGCAGCGCCAGGAGUGGACAUCAGCCAUCCAGACGGCCAUCCGGCUGCAGGCUGAGGGCAAGAAGUCCCUGCACAAAGACCUGAAGCAGAAGCGACGGGAGCAGCGGGAGCAACGGGAGCAGCGCAAGGCGGCCAAGGAGGAGGAGACGCAGCGGCUCAAGCAGCUCCAGGAGGAGAAGGAGCGGAAGCUGCAGGAGCUGGAGCUGCUCAAGGAGGCCCAGCGGCAGGCAGAGAUACUCCUGCAGGAGGAGGAGCAGCGGCGGAGGCAGCAGCACGAGGAGAUGCAGAGGACUCUGGAGAUCCAGCUGCAGGAGGCCGAGCAGGCUCGCGCCUCCAUGCAGGCAGAGAUGGUCCUGAAGGAGGCAGAGGCAGAGCGUCAGCGCAAGCGCAUCCUGGAGCUGGAGGACAUGCAGGAGCGGCUCCAGGAGGCCCUGCAGCAGGAGGUGAAAGCGCGGCAGGAUGAGGAGUCCGUGAGAUACGCGCAGGCCAGGCUACUGGCUGAGGAAGAGGAGAAGCUGAAGCAGCUGAUGAAGCUGAAGGAGGAGCAGGAGGAAUACAUCAUCAAAACUCAGCGGGAGAAGCAAGUCCUCAAGCAGGAGAUGGAGAACAAGAACAAGUGUCUGGAAGAGGCGCAGAAGCAGCUGGAAGAAGUGAGAGUGAACAGGCAGCGGGUGGACCAAGACGUCAUGGCGGCCCAGCGGAAGCUGCGACAGGCCAGCACCAACGUCAAGCACUGGAAUGUCCAGAUGAACCGACUGAUGCACCCCAUCGGGCCGGGAGACAAGCGUACGAACGUGAGUGGAGGAGCCUUCGCUGGCUACCAGCCCCUCCUCUCCCGGAGAGAUUCCUCCCUCAAACUCAAGCAGAAAGUGGAGGAUAAAGGCAGCGACCCCACGAGGGACAACAGCAAGGAAAACGUGAGCAACGGUGGGAACAGCGGCGUGCCGCCGUCUCCAGAUGUGGACACCAUGGCCACAGAGCCCACCAACUAG